AUGUUAUCAAGUCUAAGAGAAAAAAUUUUAAAUGUCUCAUUGUUUACAAACAGCGAGGAGCAAUAUUCCAAAUCGAAUCCAGUAAAUAUCAAUGCAGGAGCGGAAAUUUUAACCCAUUUUCAAAGCCAGUGGGAGGAACUUCACAAAAUAAACGAAGAAAAUGCUACCAGAGCAGAAAAGGUAGCUAACGAUAUUGAAACAGUUUCUAGCUUUGUAAACAACAACAAGAAGAACAUAGCUUUCAUUAACCAUAUUCUAUUGAAUACAAAUUUAUCAACCAACAUUAACAAGUGUCUAGAUAGUAUUAACGACUUGUACAAAGGUUCAGAAGCCUUAGAAAAAGAAUUAAUACACCUAGAAGAUCUUAUAGACCAAGCUGAAUUCAAUAAAUUAAAAAACAGGCAUAAAUACCAUCUAGAGCAAUAUGAAAAAAGAAAAGAAGACAACUUUGUGAAUGUUAAAAUCGCUUUGGAGGCCAAACAUUUAAAGAAAGUUGAACAGUAUGAAUCUGGUAAAAAAGCUGUAAUGAAGGAAAGACAGCAAGUGUUUCAAGACGCUUUCAGAAGCGAUCUUGAGACGUAUAAGAAUUUGGGAACUGUGCCGAAAAUUAAACAAAACCAAAACGGUGCUUUAUUGGAAGAAAUCCAAUUAGAUUUCGACCAAAACGAACUGGAUCAAUUUUUCAAUGAGGAAAAUGCAUAA